ACCAGGCACAACCGUGGGCUCCGAGUCAACUGGGAUGACCGCUGGCACUGGGUCAGACAUUGGAUCGUCUGGCUGGACAGCGGGCACGGGAUCGUCCAGGCAGGGUCGGGCACAGGCAUCAGGUCAUUUGGCUCGACAGCGGGCACCGCGUCAUCUGGCAAGGCAGUGGGCUCCGAGUCAACUGGUAUGACCGCGGGCACUGGGUCAGACAUUGGAUCGUCUGGCUGGACAGCGGGCACUGGGUCACCAGGCAUCAGGUCAUUUGGCUCGACAGCGGGCACCGCGUCAUCUGGCAAGGCAGUGGGGCUCCGAGUCAACAGGCACGACAGUGAGCACCGGGUCAUCAGGUACCGGAUUGUCUGGCUCGACAGCGGGCAUCGGGUCACCAGGCAUCAGGUCAUUUGGCUCGACAGCGGGCACCGGAUCAGGUACCGGGCAUCUGGAUCAACAGCAACAGGCACGCAUCAGAGUCAACUGGGCUCUAAUAGGAUCGUCAGGCUGGAUCAG